AUGGUGAAACAGGCAUUGAAGGACUUUUUCGGUCCUAAGAGGUUAUACUUCGUAUGUGGGAAAGUGUACCAAGAUAUGCAUUUCGCAAACCGGAUAGUGCAUUGGUUUGCACAACACGAGUUAUCUGUGAUUCCGGUGAAUCCGAAAGGAGGAGCUUUAGAUCUCAGUGUAGAUUCAAUCUCGAAGAGGUUUGCCAAGCAACAACUUUUGACCAUCGAGACCACAAUUGCGGAUGGAUUAGCCAACUACGGAAAGCGAGAUGAGAUCGAUGGAAUCAGUGUUGCAUUUGUAACACCACCACCCGUAACUUUGAGUAUUUUGAAAGAAUUGAAAAGUAUAUCGAAACCCGUGAUUUCUGUGUGGUUCCAACCGGGAUCCUGGGAUCUAGAUUGUGUUAACUACGCUGUCGAAAGUCUCAAAAUCCCUGAGGAAAGAGUCAUCAAUGAUUGUAUACUAAUCAAAGGGCACGCAAAUUACGUUAAGAGCGAGUUAUAG